GUGUGUGUUUGCGUCGGCGCGCGUGUCAGUAUUUGGUUUCGUGUGAAGGAGAGCGGCCACGAUCCUUCUUCCUCCACACCUGCGGAGCAUUUUAACUUACCAAAAAAAACAAAAAGAAGGAAUACCUCACCAUUUUUUGACCCAAACAAUGACGGAUUUAAGGACUUUGGCCCCUGUUGUCCUCUUGGUGUUCACUUUGGGGACAGUUUUAGCGCAAACGACCGCACCUGCACAAGUUUGUGAGUCCAAGAAUGGCACCAGCUGUGAAGAAUGUCUGGGGAAUGUGACAUGCUUGUGGUGUAUAACAACCCGCUCGUGUUUGACUUAUCCUGUGAGGACCAUCCUGCCGCCGCAUGCCCUCUGUCCGCUCAAUGAUGCACGCUGGGGGCUUUGUUGGAUCAACUUUAGGAACUUGAUCAUCACCCUCUCAGUGCUGGGCGCUGUUCUCAUCAUUGCCUUUCUAGUGUGUCUGUUCUGUUGCUGCAAGUGUGAAAACUUUGGAGCUUCAAGGUUUGCGGCUAAGAUGGAGAGACAGGUGAACAAAACAAAAUCCAAACAGGAGGAGAGGCGGGCCGAGAUGAAGCAGAGACACCAGGAAGUCAGAAAGAAAUAUGGCUUAACCGGAGCAAAUGCUUACUCCAAAUUUGGAUGAGACGAUUCCUGAACUGGGACUUUUAAUUUAACAGAGUUUUAUCCAUGACUUUUUUGUAUCUUCGUCUUUAUAUGUUGCAAACCAAGAAGCUGUAAGAAAUUUCUACUAAUGCCUCCUUUUCCACUGCAUGAUACCUGCUCUGCUCUGCUUCACUUGCUUUUAGGUACUAUUUGUACUACCUCGUCAGCAUGCCGAGUAGAUACCACAUGAGCAACGUGAACCCCAGCUGGUGGCUUAGUAAACAAAAUAUGCGACCAGUUUUAAACUAUGGAGGCUGCAGUAUAACACUCUACUAUUCCUUUUCUUGCCGAUCCCGUAAUGAAGUGCACUGCAUCCGUCUUGGAAAACCACACCACAUUAAGCACAAUAUUUACAGUGCUUCCGGAAUGUAUCCACAGCGCUUCACUUUUUCCACAUUUUGUUGUUACAGCCAAAAUGUAAUAAAUUAAUUUUUGUCCUCAAAACAUUUUUUUAAUUUCCAAAUUUUCUUAAAAGUAAAAAACUAAAACAAAUCACAUGCACACAUGUAUUCACAGCCUUUUCACAAUACUUUGUUGAUGCACCUAUGGCAGCAAUUACAGCCGGGUUUCCUCCAAACAUGAUGCCUGACAUUCACGCCAAAGAGUUCAAUCUUUGUCUCAUCAGACCAGAGAUGUUUGUGUCUCAUGGUCUAAGAGUUUUUCAGGUGCAUUUUGGCAAACUUUUUACUAAGAAACGGCUUCUGUCUGGCCACCAUACGGCCCUAUUGGUGAUUUUCUGCAGAGAUGGUUGUCCUUCUAGAACAGGCCUAGGCAAUUAUUUUGACUAGAGAAAAAAUGUGUCUGAAGGCACGGUAAUACAAAGCCUCACAAUAAUGUCUGAUUGAAUGCUAAAAACGUUAUGACAGACCGCCUUAAAAAACAGAAUGGAAUUUGAAUUUUUUUUACUGAAUGAGACACCCAGAAUUAGGGCUGCGAAUCUUUGGGUGUUCCAUGAUUCGAUUCAAUAUCGAUUCUUGGGGUCACGAUUCGAUUAUAAAUCGAUUUUUUUUUUCUCGAUUCAACGCGAUUCUCGAUUCAAAAACGAUAUUUUUCCGAUUCAAAAGGAUUCUCUAUUCAUUCAAUACAUAGGAUUUCAGCAGGAUCUACCCCAGUCUGCUGACAUGCAAGCAGAGUAGUAGAUUUUUGUAAAAAGCUUUUAUAAUUGUAAAGGACAAUGUUUUAUCAACUGAUUGCAAUAAUGUAAAUUUGUUUCAACUAUUAAAUGAACCAAAAAUAUGACUUAUUUUACCUUUGUGAAAAUAUUGGACACAGUGUCAAGCUUAUGAGAUGCGAUGCAAGUGUAAGCCACUGUGACACUAUUCUUUUUUUUUUUUUUAUAAAUGUCUAAUGAUAAUGUCAAUGAGGGAUCUUUAAUCACUGCUAUGUUGAAAUUGUAACUAAUAUUGAUACUGUUGUUGAUAAUAUUCAUUUUUGUUUCACUACUUUUGAUUUGUUCUGUGUCGUGUUUGUGUCUCCUCUCAAUUGCUCUGUUUAUUGCAGUUCUGAGUGUUGCUGGGCCGGGUUUGGUUUUGGAAUUGGAUUGCAUUUUUAUGGUAUUGCUGUUUAUUGUUUUGUUGGAUUGAUUAAUUAAAAGAAAUUAAUAAAUUUUUAAAAAUAAAAUAAAAAAAUAGAUUUUUGAAAAAUGAGAAUCGUUACUGAAUCGCACAACGUGAGAAUCGCAAUUUGAAUUCGAAUCGAUUUUUUCCCACACCCCUACCCAGAAUGUACAUGAAAAUAAGAAAUGUGUGAUUUACAAUAUUAACUAUGAACGAGAAAACACUGAAUAUUGAUAACAUAUGAACGUCGUGCCCCCUCUCGCUCGACAUAUUUUACAAUCAAGAGAAACGCAACAAACAGCAAAAUAUGAACACAAAGGGUAAAAAUAAAACCCCACCUACAUUCUGAUAUAUCACUAAGCUUUAGAACUUUUUUGUAAAAAUCUCCUUCCACGUCUGUCCCUGACACCCAGGCUCUGACACCCACUCUGUGGAAACGCUCCCCAUCCACACUGCUUGGUGCCUCGUCUGAGCUGCUGUGACUUAGAUUACCAUAGUAACUAGUAUAUCAUGCAAAAGGGCAGAUUCCAACCAUUGAAAUACUUCAUAUAGUUCAAGACUUACGGUCAUUUGGAAACAUCACUGCACAUCAUAAUGGCAGCUACAGUUUCCAUCUUAAAGAUCUAAAAAAAUAAUUUGGGAAUGUCCGGCGGGCCAGAUUGAAAAGCUUAACGGGCCGAAUGCGGCCCCCGGGCCUUAAUUUGCCCAGGUUUGUUCUAGAAGGUGCUCCUCUCUCCACAGAGGAAUGCUGUAGCUCUGAUAGAGUGACCAUCGGAUUCUUAGUCACCUCCCUGACGAGACUAAGAUGAAUGUACAGAAACAUCCUGGAUGAAAACCAAUGCUUGAGAGGUGCUGCAAAGAGGAAUGGACAAAAGAUAGGUGUGCCAAGCUUGUGGCAUCGUAUUCAAAAAGGCUUGAGGCUGUAAUUUCUGCCAAAGGUGCAUCAUAUUAAGCAAAAGCUGUGAACACUUGUGCACAUGGGAUUUUUUUACUUUUUUAUUUUUAAUACAUUUGCAAAUGUGAAAAAAAAAUCCCAUUGUCAUUAUGGGGUAUUGUAUGCAUAAUUUUCAGAACAAAUACUGUAUUCCAUUUUGGAAUAAGGCUGUAACACAACAAUAUGUGGAAACACUGAAUACUCUCUGGAUGCACAUAUUGCAAAUAUUGUUUUCUCGCACAUUUUGUGCCUAAAGACGUGUUUAGUGUGGUGUAGUUUUUCAAGUCUUUACCUGUAGUAGUUUAAAACUGAGCAUCAAGAUGGUACAGUGCAAUUUAGCGAUCGUCAGUGAUCUAGCAAUCUUUUUGGCUAAAGCAAAAAGCAAACUCGUUUUUUUCUUUGCCUAACACGUCCAUGUUGACGGUGCUGUGAGAUGAUUUCAUAUUUUUGCCCCCUAAUCUGCAUAUUCUUGAAUGAAUUUGAGACAGUGCUGAAUUAGAAUUAGGAACCUAUUUUUGCACUUUGUAAUAUUUUAAAUUUGGAUGAAGCGAGUGAUUAGAUUGUCAUGUAGUUCUGUUAUUGCCUUUUAAUAAAAGACUAUAAACAGG